CUUGUCGCUUUAAUCUAUAGAGUAAUUUUUUUGAUUAUCUCUGCCACGUCAGGGUCUGAACGAAGUGGUGUAGGCUUACCCAAAUUAAACCUCGAAUUCUUUGUCACUAAAUACAAAUAAAUUUCUUGUGACUUUGCCUUUGGAGUUUGGAACGACUGGGCAGUAGUGGCUAUUCACAAAUCACAGCCUACAAUUUACUUCUUUUCUUUGUCUAUUUAAUUUGACAGAUAAAUUUAAAAUUUAAACUUUAUGAGUUCAUGGUGUUAUUAAAUUUACUGACCAUUUGAGUUAGUGAGUUCGAAUUUUAAUAUUCUUACAUAUUUAGUACAUUCUUAACACAUGUAGCCAAAACUAAUGAGUUCGACCAAAUCCGAAAUUUUUCCUGUCCAUCCACCUGAGGUAGUAAGUCAUGUUCUAUUUGUUUCUUAAAAAGGUUGUAAGUUACCAAUAAUAAUAAGAGUAAUAAUAUGUCCCGAGGAUCGAAUAAGUAUAUAGUGAUCAAUAUAAUAUAUUGAGAGGUCAUAUAGCACUAACGAUGUAGUUUAGGAAAAGAAUACUGUUUUUUUUCCUAAUUUUAUUAGAGUAGAUUACUUUCAUGCACGUAGGUUAGGGGACAAAAAGAAAUCAUGCACGUAAAUAUGGAGCAAAGUCCGAAUUUUGGGGACAGAGAUCCGGCAAGAUUCAGUGAGAAUCCCUCCAAUGUCGGCGAAGGAAUCUUGGACAAGGGGCUCUCAAAGAUGGGGCAAAAUAAGCUACUUUUUUGUGCUUCCAUUUCUAUCUCCGCUGAAGAGUUGCGGUGUCUUACUAUGGGGGAAGGAAAAAUAGAAAAGGAUUCAACUGAAGAAUUAUUUCUGCACAAAGUUCAAUCACGAGAUGACGUAUCUGAGGUGUCAACAAUCGAUGCUUCCGAAGAUGAUGCAGAAUCUACAACUUCCAAGUCCAGCAGCACUUCAGAUUCGGAUGGAAAAUUUGGAUCUCAGUGGAAAGGAUUCAUUAAAAGACUAAAGAUUGGAUCAGCCAUACAUUUGCAUACUUUCCAUCCUAGCUUACCUUCGCUGCCUUCUAUUAAGAUGCUACCGAAAUGGAAAAGUAGGAAUACAGAACAGAGCGUACCAAUCGUGCCUACUCCUAAUCUAGAUACUAAUGAUUUACGUCACUGCUUUCAAGCGCACUGGAAGAAUUUCUUUCUCUCUGAUCUUCAGAAAGCUACCGACAACUUUAGCCGUGAAAACUUGAUCGGUGAGGGAGGUUCAUCAGAAGUAUAUAAGGGACAUCUUGAAGAUGGCCAACUAGUGGCAGUUAAAAGGCUGAUCAGGGGAACUCAAGAGGAGAUGACAGCCGACUACUUAUCUGAGCUCGGAAUUCUGGUACAUGUUAACCAUCCCAACGUUGCUGGUGUUAUUGGAUAUGGAGUUGAAGGAGGGAUGCACCUUGUCCUUCCCCUCUCUCCACAUGGGAGCUUGGCGAAUCUUCUUAAUGGUGAAAAGGGUAAGUUGGCUUGGUGCUACAGGUAUAACAUCGCUCUAGGCGCUGCCGCUGGCCUUGCGUAUCUCCAUGAGGGUUGCCGGAGGAGAAUUAUCCAUAGAGAUAUCAAGACAGCUAAUGUUUUGCUGACGGAAGAUUUUGAAGCUCAGAUAUCUGAUUUUGGACUUGCAAAAUGGCUCCCUGAUCAGUGGACACAUCUUACCGUAUCACAGUUUGAAGGCACAUUCGGAUACCUCCCUCCUGAGUUCUUCAUGCAUGGUGUUGUGGAUGAAAAAACAGACGUCUACGCCUUUGGUGUUUUAUUGUUGGAACUCAUUUCUGGACGUCCAGCUUUGGACGAAUCUCGUAAUAGUGUUGUGAUGUGGGCCAAACCAAUGCUCCUUAGUAAGAACCACAGCGGGUUAGUUGAUCCAUCACUUGGGGAUAACUAUAACUCAGAACAAAUGAACUGGAUGGUUAUGGUUGCCUCUUUAUGCAUACAACAAGCUUCAACAGACCGGCCUCCAAUGAGCCAGGUUCAGGAGAUGUUAAAAGGUACUGGAAGCAUUCUUGAGAGAAAAAAAACGUUCCAACAUACCAGUCGUCAAGAUGACAUAUCCCAUAAAGUGAAUUUACUGCUUGACUUGCCCUCACCAAAUUGUAAAGAUGAUCCGAAUUACCAGCAAAAUCAGGCAGAGUUGGAGAAAUAUAAUACUAAUCCCUUGUUACAAUGAAGAUCUCUCAUAUGAUCUGAACACUCCGGACAUACAUCUCACUGCCAUGGAGCUGUCGGAAUUCACAACAUGCAUGUCGGGUUAUUAAUGUUCUAUUCUAUCAUACAGAUUGAAUCACCGUAUCCAGGUGAAAAUCAACUGAGAAAUCAAUAUGAGAAGUGCGGGAAUCAGUGUUUCAAGUUUUGACAGGUUUAGCAGGUUUCUUAAUUUAGCGAUGUUGGGUGGACGACGUAUCAUGUACGUGUUGGUCCCUAGUAUAUAUUGAAUAAGAAAAGAGAUGUCAACAUAUUGUAGGGUGCAUAGCAGACCCUUGUUCUGUUUGAGUGCAUCCAGAAAUAGUAUCUUGCUGGAUAUUUGAUCCUGUAAUAUAUUGUGCAUGCAACUAUGAACUUUAGAAGGUGAAUCAUACUAGGUAGAACGUGUGCGUUUUGACAUGGCUAGCUAGAUAUUACCUAUAUUAUUCUGUAUAGUACAUGCUUUAUAUCAGCAAGUGCAGAUUACUUUGUUAAUAGGAUUUCACUCGGCGCCCUUUUAAAGAAUUGAAAGAC